AUGGCGAGAUCACCACCAGCGAAGCCGCCCCAUAUCGACAUUAUCUUGCUGGGGUCACCUGGCGUCGGGAAAGCCACCUUUGUAUCGCGUCUCCCUCAUGUCCAACACCCCUCUGUCACUCGACGUGAGCGUCUAGCAGCACAGCCACAACAGUCUGAGCGAUCUCCAGCCUCACAGCAGAAUCGCUAUCGUCCACAACUAUCUAACGACAGCGAGACUACUUUGGUAGAUCCCAUUCCACAACCGAACGGCCACAACCAUGACCCCAACGCCAGCGAGACCACCCUAGUCAACCCACCCACCACCACAUCAACAUCUUUCAACGCCAGCUCCGAGGGCCUUGGCCCAUCACGAGCUCCAGCCGCCACUUCACCACCAACCACCAACCCACCACCCCUCCACAACCCCCUAACCUUCUCC